ACAAGGGUCACCAUCUUCUUCCCUGUGUGUGUGUCCCACAGGCUGAAUCACUGCAACCUGGACAUAGCUGGCUGUGGCUUUCUCGCACUUACGCUUCUGGGCAAUGCACGGCUGAGGCACCUGAGCCUCAGCAUGAACCCCUUGGAAGAUAGCGGUGUGAAGCUUCUGUGUGAGGUCAUGGGAGAACCAUCUUGUCAUCUCCAGGACCUGGAGCUGGUCAGCUGCCGUCUCACUGCUGAGUGCUGUGAGAGUCUGUCCUACGUGAUGGCGAGGAGCAGAUACCUGAGGAGCCUGGAUCUCUCGGACAAUGCCGUGGGUGACGUCGGGGUCACUGCGCUGUGUGAGGGGCUGAAGCAAAGGAAAUGUGUUCUAAGGAGACUGGGGUUGAAAUCAUGUGGAUUGACUUCUGGUUGCUGUGAGGAACUGUCCUUGGCCCUUUCCUGCAACCGGCACCUGGCCGGCCUAAACCUGGCACAGAAUAACUUCAGUCCUGCAGGAAUGAGGAAGCUGUGUUCAGCCUUCGCGUGUCCCACGUCUAAUCUACGAAUCAUUGGGCUGUGGAAAUGGCAGUACCCUGUGCAAAUCAGGAAGCUGCUGGAGGAAGUGCAACUGCUCAAGCCCCGGAUGGUGAUUGACGGUAGUUGGUAUUCUUUUGAUGACGAUGACCGGUACUGGUGGAAAAACUGAAGAUACAGAAACGCGCCCCACUCACACAUCCGAUGGAGGAACUUGAGAAGCUGUUGUGUCGGAGCAAGUCAUGCCUGGGAGUUCCUUUUCACAGAUGAUGAUUUCUGAUUCUCACAAAGCCUUCGGUGCUAGUGAUUCUUCUCUGUUCGGUAUACCUUGGUUACUGGAUUUGAAGGCUGGUGACCUUCAAAUCCUAGGGCCUCGGUAUCUGCGAAACGUCUGUCCUACCUCAGAGCGCACAGAGGGAAUGAAAUAAACACAGAGCAUUUGGAAAAGGU